AUGGCAUCGUCAAGUUCAACUCAUAGGCCCGCAUUCCAAGAUGAGCCUAUACCAAUCUACCCCGACCUUCCAGGCAAAAUCGCCAUCGUGACGGGCAUCGGGCAGUACGGCGACCCCUCGGUCGAAGACAACUGGGGCAAUGGGGCCGCCGCGGCAUUUGGGCUCGCGCGCUCCGGCGUCAAGGUCUUCGGCUGCGACUUGGACCUCGACGCCGCAGAGCGCACCAAGCGUCGGAUCCAGAAGUACGUGCCCGACGCGGUCGUCGACGUCAUGGUGGCCGACGCGACCAAGUCCGACUCGGCGGCGGGCUUUGUGGACGCCGUCGUGAAGAGGCACGGCCGCAUCGACAUCCUCGUCAACAACGUGGGAGGCGCGCUCCGGGGCGGGCCCGUCGAGAUGCCCGAGGAGGUGUGGGACGAGCAGUUCGACGUCAACCUGAAGUCCGUGUAUAUCAUGUGCCACCAUGUGCUGCCGGUGAUGGAGGCGCAGCGCGCCGGGAGUGUGAUCAACAUCGGCAGCAUCGCGGGUCUGCGGUACAUCGGCAAGCCGCAGGCGGCGUACGCGGCGGCCAAGGCGGGCGUGCACAUGUUCACCAAGCACACGGCCGUCAUCUACGCCGACAGGGGCGUGCGCAUCAACGUCGUGGUCCCCGGGCUGAUCUUCACGCCGAUGUUGGCCCGGACCGCCAACUACUACGGCGGCAACUACGACGAGUUUGUCAAGACGAGACACGGCCAGGUGCCCACGGGCGAGAUGGGCACGAGCACCGACGUCGCCAACGCCAUCCUGUUCCUCGCCAGCACCGUCGCAUCGCGCCACAUGACCGGCCAGGAGCUAAUCAUUGACGGCGGCAUGACCUCCAGCACCGGCAGCCUCACGAGCGGAAUGGCCGAGAAAUAA